GAGCACGGUUGGAGCGAUUGCUCCCACUCGUGUUGAAAUCUGGGACGGGUCGCGCGGUGUCACAAGCCUAGACUUUGCGACAUUCCAGCAAAACAGUGGUGUUCCUGAUCAAUUCUGGCCGUUAACAAUCACGUUGAAACGGGCACAUUCGGGUUCGUACGAUUAUUUGAUUUUGAUGUCGUGCCAGGUGAGAUUCGUAUUUGCGGGAGUCGAUUCGCUCCUUCGCGGAGGCAAGUGGUGCGAGAGCAUGGAGGAUUGGCAAAUGGUCAAUGAUGCAAACAUCAUGCUACCAACCGGGCGGUUGAGCCUGUUGAGUGAGUCGCCCGUUGUGUAUCAAUAUCACCCGCUCUUGUGGUCCAUAACAAGAUUUCAGUGUCAUUGGACACGCACUGGACACGCCUACUCGACACAUUGUGGCACAAAGAUCUUGAUCUUUGAUGCCAAAAACAUUACAGAGAGCGUGUUGUUGGCAAAAGUAUCAUUAGCGACUUCCCUGAGCGAGGAGCACGUUCCCAGAGAAAGGACACAACUAGUUCCAUUUGGUAUUAGCGACGGGAGUUGUACAAAGUUGGAACUGUUGUCUAUACUUUUAGAUGGUCAACACAUGACUAUCCCAGGCAACUGGUGCGAUGCUGUCGAAAGUGUCGAGAACCCCCUCAGAAAGAACGCCGUUGAUACCGAGGCUCUACUAAAUUCUGGAAGCACGGCAAACAGCGAGAGCUUGGUUACAAAUGCGGCACUUCGGGCCGAAGUUGGUCCUCAUAGUGUGAAUAGUGUCGAAUUUGGGUGGCAACACAUACCUGGUCGUCCAGUAUGCCCUCCCGGCGACUAUCCUACCCCCUUGGAAGCCUCUACAUGCACAACUUGGAGUCCCACAACGACCAUGAACUCGAGCAUGCCUGAAAUAGGGGCCCUGCUGCACGAGUCUAUCGUCGCCCUGGACACCUGGGGGCAGCAUACCUGCAGCUUCGACUUCGGAGGCAUAGGGAUUUUGGUUUUUGAAAAUCGCUACCGUACGCUUAUGGUCUAUGGUCCCGUAUUCGCCGGCGUUCCCGUGUUUCAGAGGGAGGGAAACUCUUCCAUCACUCGAGCACAGCACGGAAAUAUGUGCAUAUUCGUGCAAGGAGGUAUAGCAGGUUUUUCAGCGACAGCGACCGCUGAAGCUUUUGUUCCUCGUGUCGAACAGCUGCUGGCAACAAACCAGCCUUUGUGCUGA